CAAAGGACAGAGGCAUCUUUCUGGGAACCGGGAUUUAUGUCUCCGGGAAUGUGCGUGAAUUCAUCCAGAUUCACCGCCCACACUCGCAUGGAAGAGACCGACCGGAUCAAAUCGGUUUCUCCACACAGCAAAAGUUACUGAAACUUCACAAAACACUUUCAAACCUGUUCUACCGGGCAUCGGGCGUCACGGUCCACUUGCUUAUUAUGAUAUGCUGAGAGAUUUUAUCAGGGCAGCAGCCAUGCGUGUGGAGCUGAGUUUGGGUUUUUUGGUGUUAAUGUGCAUUUUUAAAGAAACGACCCAAUGUUUAAUUAUCAGCGAAGUGAACUGUGACAAUCCCAGAUUGGACACUCAUGAAUUUGUGGAACUGUACAAUGAUGGCACGAAUCCCACUUCUCUGGAUGGAUACACACUGGUGUUCUACAACGGCAAUGGAGACUCAGCCUACCGGGUCAUCGAUCUGAGUGGACAGCAUACGGAUCAGAGUGGCUUCUUCUUAGUUGGCUCUUCUGAACUGACUCCCCGUCCCGCCGUCUCUCUUCCGCCCAACUCCGUUCAGAACGGGCCCGACGCCAUCGCACUCUACGGCCCCAACUGGGACCCGGUCUCUGAAGGGGGACACGUUUCAGGAGUGGGGUUGUUGGACGCAGUGGUGUACACUUCUCGUAAAUCCGCAGAAGGCGCCGAUGGCCUCGCGUCGGUUCUGACUCCCGGCUCGGUCCCGUACCUGGAGGAUGAGGCGGCUCUGGAGGGGGACGAGUCCAUUCAGCGCUGCUGGCAGUCGGAAAACCUCUGGACGUUUUACACGGGCCCCCCCACCCCUAUGUGGGUCAAUCAUUGCCCACCGCCGACCCCUGCGAAUGUUUGGAUCAACGAAGUCGACCUCAGCGGGCCGGACCGGCGGGGUCUUGUGGAACUCAAUGUUGGCAAGGCAAACGGGUCGUUUUCUUUGGUGGUUUAUGAUGUCACCACAGACCUCAUUAGCUCGAGUGUGGAGUUCAUCGCAAAAGAGGCUGGGAUCUUCACCGUACCUGUGAAUACUGCGACUUUGGCAGUGCCACAAAGUGCAGCAUUGGCGUUGUAUGAUGGCCCGGCAUCAAACUUCCCUAAGGACGGCCCCCUCAGCCACGAACAGCCAAUCGAUGCCUUUGUUUACGGUGACUCCUUGCACAUGCCCAGUGAGAACCUCACAGAGACUCUUAUACCCGGGAGAAAACCCUUCAUACUCACAGAAAGUUUUCACACAGCAGGUGUUCAUGCCAGUCGGUGUGGUGUUACCGAAUGGACGAGAGAUCCGGGACUGUUUGUUACGAGGCCCCGGAGUCCCGGAAAACCCAAUGACUGCGUUUGGUUUCAGUCCUGCCCGCUUAACAUGACCUUUUCUACGGUGGCAGGACGUAGCUAUCCCGCGAUUCAUAGCGAUAUGGAUUUCCUACUUAAUGAGAUCAAUACUGACACCCCAGGAGGAGCCGAGGACGAGGAGUUUAUAGAGUUGUGGCAUCCGUCUGGCUUCCGUAUGUCGCUGGAUUUCAUCUGGCUGGUGAUGAUCAAUGGACAGAAUGCAGCGGUGUACUAUGAGCUGGAGCUGAAUGGGUAUUUCACAGAUGAUGACGGAUACUUCCUGAUUGGCAGUGCUAAGGUCGGCCCUGACAUUAGAAUCCCAUUGAACACUAUUCAGAACGGCCCGGACGCUAUAGUGUUAUAUCGCAGCAAGUCUCCGCCCUCUCAGGAGAGUCCCAGUAUUCCCAGAAGAGGUUUGCUGGAUGCAGUCGUUUAUCGCACUCGUGGAUCUGAUAGAAGGGUUUCAGAGUUAACGCAAGCGCUGACACCAGGACAGAUCCCUCUACUGGAGGACAUCAGCGCGUUACCCGGCGAUGAGACCCUCACCCGAUGUGGACCCGAGAGACUCAACCUCGAUGCUUUCAGGGUCGCUUCUCCCACACCAAGGAAGCAGAAUAACUGUCCCACGAAACCCACUAUACCUCCACCCCCUGAGGGUCUCCUCAUCAAUGAAUUCUAUAGACUAAACUACACAGUAAACCAAAGUUUAUUUGUGGAAUUGAUAGGCCCACCGUUGACUCCAUUGAAUGGAGUUGUUUUAGUAUUUUUUGGGGAAGACACUAAAGCAUUGAGUGUCCCGCUCAGGGGCAGCACAGGAACAGACGGGCUCUAUCUCAUCGGGAACGUCUCUAACGCAGAUCAGGGUUUGCCCGCGCUGGAUCAAUCAGAAUUGGGUGCAGUGCUGUUGUGUUUUGAGCCGUCAGGAUCAGGUGUUUAUGGGGAAAACUCGCUCAGUCUGGACUGGCUAGUUUUUUCCGUUGACCCAAAGUUACAAAGAUUUCUCCAGCACAACACAACAUGCAUACAACUCGUGCCCUUCAGUUCUUUCUCUCGAUGUGCAUCAGACGGGCCCGUUCUCUGGGUCUCAUCCGAGGAGACUCCAGGCCUCCAGAACCUCUGCCCGACACCUGCCCUGUCCAGCUCCGUGGAUGUGUGCCUGGAGAGAAAUUUAGGAACAGGAAAUUGUGACCAGGAGGAAUUGGCUGAUUUGUUCGAAGGUUUGUGUUCCUGUGGGAUCACAAGCUUGCAUGUUAAAGGUGUGAAUGUGUCCUGCGAGGCGGGUGUAUUGGACGCGCAGGGGCCUGUUCUUGCUGUUACUGACCAACAGAGGGAGGAAAUCACUGAUACACUGAACACCUACAAGCUCUCGUGUUCACCUGUACAGGAGCUACAGGUUCAUGGAGCGGGGCCACCGGUCGCGCUGCAGGUCGGGCUUGUUCUCGCAGCGCUUCUGCUGUUCGCACUGGGUGCCGCGCUGUUUGUCUACUUGUACAAAACCAGGCGUCCUGCUGACUACCUCUCCAUGCAGUUGAGCGACCAGGUCGAGACGCCACUCGAACUUUAGUGUGUUUGCAUGAGUGUGCAUGUGAGUGUUUGCGUGUUUUUUUAUGAAAAUGAAUGUGUUUUUACUGUAGAUGAAUGCAGGCUCACAGUUUUAUCAAACUCUCACAGGUUUUGAUUGUGCAAUGUUGAUAUUCUCAAGAUUUUAUCAAAGUGUCAGGAUGUUUAAUUUCUUCAGUGUUUUAUCAAAUGCUCCAAAAAAACAUUAUUUUAU